GAGGGUAGUUUGGAUUAUUAUUCACACAAAUCCUAUGUACCAAGUUUGGGUGCAAUGUGGCGUAAAACGAUUUUUUGUGCUAAAAACCGGCGUCCGGUUUACUGAAAUCAGUCGAUUUUUUGACGUUUGACAUUUUUUCGACUUGGAUUUAAUUGUGAAAUAAUCACAAAACUCAAAAAGAACGUCAUUACUUCAAGUCAAAUCAAUUGAUUAUGUCGUCAUAAAACUCGUCCGUUAAAUCUAACCUCAAGAUGUACCCCUCUCGUUCCUAUAUUUGGUUUUUGGGGCCCCAGUUACGUAAAUUCCACACCUCCUUUUUCCUCCGAUCUACUAAAGGUAAAAGCCAUUACGACUCUCUUGGAAUUUCCUCAAAAGCAACGCAAGCUGACGUCAAAUCCGCUUAUUACAAACUUUCAAAAGUUUACCAUCCUGAUCGAAAUAAAGACAGCGACGACGCCGCACAGAAAUUUCGCGACAUCACCGAAGCCUACGAAGUGUUAGGGAACGUGAAAUCACGCAAACUUUAUGACAGAGGUUUAUACUUUGAGGGGGUAACAUCAGGGGUUGUACGAGACGACCCACCGUUGAACAAGUUUUACAAGUCGAGGGACACACAAUCAAGGCCUCCCUCAGAAUAUGGGAGGACCACAGUUUAUGAUUUUGAUGAAUGGUCAAAGGCGCAUUAUGGGGCCACUUUUCAGAACACUCUGAGAUUCAAGGCGAGGGAAAAAAUGAAAAUGAAACGAGAAAAAGAAUUAGCCGAACAUGUGAAAACGGAAAAAUUGGUUUUAAUGACUGUUCUUUUUGCAAUUAUGGCGGCUUAUGUCUUUUACGAGGAUAACGAUGAUCCAAACAGAGUUGUGAUAUUUGGGGAACAUAUAAUCGAUAAGUCUAAGACAGACAAAUGAAGAGUAUUUAUUUAUUGUAAAUAGUUGUAAAUAAAAUUACAUAACUUA